ACUUCAAAUCGUUCGUCACAAUGACACUAAUGUGAAAUUUAGAAUGUUUCUGAAAGGUAUAUUUAUUUUUGUUCUAAUGCUAGGAUUAAUUGUAGAAACUGCACAUCUGACGACUCGAGAAAAUGUUACUCAUUUUAAUGAUACCCAGACAACCAGACCCGUAUUUAAAUGCUCUACUAUGGAUUUUCCAUUUGUUGUAUGUAUUGCAGAAAGUUUUCGAAAAAAAUUUGAAAUCAAAUGCGCCGGUACUCUUAUUUCGUCAUACUGGGUGAUGACAACAGCCGCCUGCAUACUCAAUACCCGGCGUUUGACGGUGUUUGCUGGAUUCAGUAGCCCACAAGGACCUCUUGUGCGUAUUGCAGCGAGGAAAUUUAAUCAUCCCAGGUUCAUACCCAACACGUACGAAAACGACAUAGGAGUAAUAAUGUUGGCAAGUCCAAUGCCCCUGUCAGAAUACAUCGAUUUUGCCCGGUUACCAUUAAGACAAUUAUCGGUUGAGUACGAAAGAGACAUCUGCAAUUCAACGUUAUUGAUGGGCUGGAGUUACACACGCAGCAGAAAAUCUAAAUCGGAUUUGCCUAAGUUGAUCAAUUUGCAGUGUUCCACUUUUCGCGUCCUGCCUUACGAGCAGUGUAUCGGACAAGUGAAAAAUAUAAAUCCCACACAAAUGUGCUCAAUUAUAACAAACGAAGAAGAUGUCUGUCAGGGUGAUUCAGGAGGUCCCUUACUCUGUGGCGCCAUUGUGAUGGGAGUGGUAAAUUCAGGUAUCAGCUGUGGCUAUGGUAAAUAUUCAGCGGUGUACACUCGACUUGACACUCAUAUAAACUAUAUCACCAACAUUAUGUCAAUCCAUUCGUUUUCUUCGAGAUUACUUCUAGCCAACAGUGCAGCCAUUAUAUCGAUAGUUUUAAAUAGUGUAAUUUUUAUGUUCAUGUAAUAAAGACAAAAC